AUGAAUCUCAUACAUUCUUAUAUAUUAUUUAUAAUUAUAAACAUAUGUUAUUCUGGUCCUAUUGAAGAUAUAUCUGCUAUGCCAGAUUUAACUUUAUUUUAUCAACAAUUAAUUCGUCAACCAGAAUUGCAAGGAUUAUUACAAGAUGCUUAUCAAUCAGCACAACCACUUGUUACAGGUGAUUUUACAAUUUUUGCUCCAAAUAAUGAUGCUAUGACACGUAUUAAUCGAAGAAAUGAAGAUCCAACUUUAUUAUGGAAAUAUCAUAUUGUACCUGGUCGUUUUGAUGAUCAAACUAUCUAUAAUAUGGCACAAGACAAAUUUAAUCAAGCUAAUCCAAGACAAAUGGCAGAUAAUCGUCCACAAAAUAAUUUACCUACAAUGGCUUUACCAUUUCAAGUAUUCUAUGGUCUUGGUUUUUAUGGUGGUACAGGUCCAUAUAUAAAUGUAAGUUAUGAUAAUUCAGGUUAUAGUUCAAGCGGUAUACCAUGGUCAGCACAAACAUCACUUAAUCUAACAAAUAGAUUUGACAAUUCUGUUCCACUUAGUCCAUAUCUUGGCAAUACAAAUAAUUAUAGUCCAAAUCAACAAACUCAAAACUAUGUUGUUGCACAAGGUAGUGCAUCAUCGGGUAAUCCGAAUUUAUUUCCACAAAAUUUAACUAAUUAUUAUACGAAUGUAUUUAAUCCAAAUGUAAAUACACAAUUUCUUCAAAAUGCUAAUCCACCAAAUACAAACAUUAAUCCAAAUCUCCAACAACAACAACAGCAGCAACUUUAUGCACAAGGGAAUUAUGCUGGUAUUGGAAUAUUACGUCCUACAAUAAAUAGUGCAUUUAUCUUACAAUCACGUCCAAUGAGUCGUGGUAUAAUUAAUGUAAUCGAUAAUAUUUUAUGGCCACCUGAACGACGUGAUCAAACUCAAUAUAAAACUGCUUAUGAUGCUCUUGAAGAUACACAAUUUUCACGUCUUCGUUUAUUAGCUGAUCGUAGUGAUUAUUUUCGAUCUGAAUUACGUUCAAUGCAUCAUCAAACUUGGUUCUUACCAAAUGAUCAAGCAUUUACUAGUUUUGGUUCAAGUUUAAAUUUUCUAUUUGAACCCACUAGUCCAGAAAAUACACAUGAUAUCAAUGAUUUUAUCAAAUCACAUAUUGUACCAAUAGUACUUUAUCCAUGUGCUAUGGAUGCAAGUAAACAAUUGAGUACAUUAAGUCUUGGUAAAUGGGUAACAUUUCGUAGAAUAGGACAAGCAGAUCAGACAUUUCAAAUUGAUGUUGUUUCAAAUCGACAAGUAGCACAUAUUGUUACAACACGUUCGGAAGAUAUUAAAAUAUAUGGUAAUGGUGUUGUUUAUCCAAUAACGACUAUUCUCAGUGGUCCAGCUCGAUCAGCAGCUGAUGAACUUGCUCGAAGUUAUCAAUACUUUAUGGCUCUUAUACAACAAUCUGGAGAUACAGAAUUAGUUAAUAUAUUACAAGGUAGUACAAGUGGUUUAGGUAAUACAGGUCCGAGUAUAUAUAAUCCACAAAAUUUAUUGAAUAUAACUGUUCUUAUACCACAACAAAUACAUGUACAACAAUUGGGAAAUUCUCAAGAACUGAGUAAAAAUUUACGCCGGCAUAUUUUACGUUUUCCUGUAUAUAUAGAUCAAAUGGCAGCUAUGACAAACACGAUUGUACCACAACAACCAUUUAUUCAAACAGGUGUUCCAAUACAGCAAUAUCAAAGAUCUGGUGCUGUUCAAAAUAAAAACCCAUCACGACAACGUCGUCGCCGUCGGCAGUUGAACAGUCAACAUAAUGUAAAUUUUCAACAGCAUCAAGUGUUACCAUCUCAACCAAUAUUACCCAACCAAAGGCAACAACAACAAAAUUUACCUAUGCAACAACGACAACAGCAAAUACAACCUAAGCAACAACUAUUACCAAAUCAACAACAACAACCUUUACCUAAUCAACAUUUCCCCCCAAAUCAACAACAUCAACAGCAAAUACAACCUAAUCAACAGUUUUCACCAAAUCAACAACAUCAACAGCAAAUACAACCUAAGCAACAAUUAUUGCCAAAUCAACAACAGCAAAUUUUACCUAAUCAGCAGUUUUUACCAAAUCAACAACAACAAAUCUUACCUAAUCAACAGUUUUUACCAAAUCAGCAACAGCAGUUCUUACCUAAUCAACAACAACAAAUCUUACCCGAUCAACAAUUAUCUCUACAACAACAACAAAUCCUACCUAAUCAACAACAGCAAAUCUUACCCAUUCAACAGCAACAACAACAACAAAUCUUGCCUAGUCAGCAAUUAGCUCUAGCACAACAACAACUUAAUCCAGUACUUAAUCCAAGUUACUAUCAACUACCAAAUUUUCCAACUUCAGGAAUGUUUCAAAAUGGACAAACAUAUCCUACGAUGGAUCCAACAUUUUCUGUUCAAGCACAAGUAACUGCUGGUCCCAAUGGAAAUGUGGUAACACUUAUUGGUCGACCAGAUAAUUCAAUACCAUUCACAGCUACAGUUCUUAAUACUGAAUCGAAUAUACCAAUAAAAAAUGGUGUUAUGCAUGUUAUUCGUGGUAUCCUAUCGGGAGCAGUUAUUCCAUUAGAUACAGUUCUUACAACAAUGCAAGGAGCUAGUUCAUUUACACAAUUACUUCAACAAACAGGUGUUAUUGAUCAAUUAAAACAAUCUGGACGUCCUUAUACUCUUUUUAUCCCAACCAAUACAGCGUUACAAUCGAUUGGCGUUACUAAUGAUAUUAAUCGAAUUCGACAAUUUGUGCUUCGUCAUGUAUGUGCUGAUGUUAUUUUGGAUCCAAUGGCAAAUAUAGUAAGUAGUUCAGGAGGAUAUCUUCGUCAGAACAACAUGGCACAAGGUCCACGACAACCACCUAUACGACGAAAUCGUCGUAAACGACAAGAUUGGGCUGAUACUUGGAGAAAUGGAACAAUAUCUCUAGGUGGACAAGGUUAUAAAGCACCAGAUCUUGGUCCAGGUUAUUUUCAACCACAACAACAAGUCUAUGGUGGAUAUCCAGCUGCUCCAUCACCAUUUAGUACCUAUAAUCAAUUGUACAAUCCAGGUUAUGUUAUGAGUGGUUAUGCAAAUCCAAAUUCUCAAUAUUUUCCUGGCUAUAACGGAACUUACGCAGGAUUUGAACAAAUUAAUUAUCCAACUUUAGAUGUUCCAGGUCAACCAAUGUUAAAUACUGUUUGGAAUCAAACAUUUGGUUCUUCCUAUAAUCCACAAAUUAACGUAGUGCCAAUAAAUGGAGUACCAAUAAAUGGAGUACCUAGUGGUGGUGGUCAGAGUUAUUAUACAGGUGUAGGUGGAUUUUAUAGUGGUUCGAAUUAUGUUCCCGGGCCCCAAUCAUGUAUGGCUAUGACAGGUGAACGUAUUACAGUUCAACCAAUAGCUAGUGCUCCAGCAGGAGGUGUUAAUCCAACAAUGUCUUAUCAAAAUUUUAUGGUAACCUGUUGUGGUGAUCAAUCUGUUAAUGCAAUGGUUCAAGCAUUCAAUGUAUAUCCACCAAGUUAUGCUGUUUAUGUCAUUGGUCGAUCAUUAUUAUCUACAGGCCAAACAAUCAAUACAAUGUAUAAUCAUUCAACUGCAAUAUUUCCUUAUCACUUUCUUCUAUUUAUCUUAAUUACUUUAUUAAUCUUUAUUAAGCAUCUUUAA